UGCUUCCGGGUCGUCGAGCCAGCGGCGCUUUCUCUGCGGUGGCCGGAGAGGUACUCCGGGGAAGUAGGCACCUCCUGCUGGGUUCCUGGCCUACCCACUUCUGUCGGCUCUGAGGCGGGAAGCGCGUUUUCCACAGGAUAUCAAUGCAAGCCUGAAUAAGAAAAAGAAUUUCUUCCUCCUAAGCCAUGGCAUAUCAGUUGUACAGAAAUACCACUUUGGGAAACAGUCUUCAGGAGAGCCUCGAUGAGCUUAUACAGUCUCAACAGAUUACCCCCCAACUUGCUCUUCAAGUUCUACUUCAGUUUGAUAAGGCUAUAAAUUCAGCGUUGGCACAGAGGGUCAGGAACAGAGUCAAUUUCAGGGGCUCUCUAAAUACAUACAGAUUCUGCGAUAAUGUGUGGACUUUUGUAUUGAAUGAUGUUGAAUUCAGAGAGGUGACAGAACUUAUUAAAGUGGAUAAAGUGAAAAUUGUAGCCUGUGAUGGUAAAAAUACUGGCUCCAAUACUACAGAAUGAAUAGGAAAAAAAUGGCUUUUUAAUGCCAUCCUGUUAUUGUUCAUCGCUUUCUGAAGAGAAGCAUAGAAGAGACUUUUUAUUUAAUUUAUUCUAGCAUUGCAGAAACGACUACACUGUGCCAUCCUAUCAGAGAAUUCCAGUAGAAAGAAGCUUAGAAUUCUGUACCUUGUUACAGUACCUUAUUAUACAGCAUGAAGAAACAGACCUUUUUUUUAAUGACAAAUCAAACGUGGCCUUCCUAAGACCAUUCUUUAAUAAAUUCAUUUUAAAACUCAA